AGACACAUUCCUUGCCCACAACGAGUUUAGAGAGGACGGAUUUCGAGGUUGGAUUAAUGGGGUCUGACUGGGAAGCUCUGCGGAAGCAGCGGGGGGAUUGGAAUUGAGGCGACGGGAUUGGAAUUGAGGCGACGGGAUUGGAUUGAGGCAAUUCCAAUUCCUCAAUUGGAAUUGAGGUCCCUGUCUUGACCUUUGACCCAGCACACAUGCUGACAUACCUCUGGUUCCGUUUGACAGCUGGAUCAGAGCCCGAAAGGUUGUGUCCGAACACUGGGCUGAUUCUUGACGGGUUCAUGCCCCACAGGGGUGGAAGCCUGGUCCGAUUUCUCCGAAUUGCGGCAAAUUCAGGAUAAACGGAGACAGGAGGGGCAAAUUCCAGACCAUUAUCUGCAACAUAACAUUUUAAUGUCGCUCCGAGGAGCCGUGCCAAUGACGGUCGUGCAGCUGCCUGGAGAGCAAGUUCACGUCCAGGGGGUCAUCCAGACGGCUCUCUCCUCGUCCGUCAUCCAUUCUCCGCAGGCGCAGACCGUGCAGGGGUCGUCCUUGUCGGAGAGUGAGGAUUCUCAGGAUUCGUCGGACAGCAUAGGCUCUUCCCAGAAAGCACGAGGAAUCCUAGCCCGGCGCCCUUCUUACAGGAAAAUUUUGAAAGAUCUCUCUUCGGAAGACACGAGGGACAGGAAAGGAGACGGAGAGAACGCGGCCGUUUCCUCCGUGACGUCUAUGUCUGUCUCAACUCCUAUCUACCAGACGAGCACCGGACAGUACAUUGCCAUCGCCCCCAAUGGGACUCUGCAGCUGGCCAGUCCGGGGGCCGACGGGGUGCAGGGCCUGCCCACCUUAACGAUGGCUAACGCCGGCAGCGCUCAGCAAGGGACCACCAUCCUCCAGUACGCCCAGACGUCCGACGGCCAGCAGAUCCUCGUCCCCAGCAACCAGGUGGUCGUGCAGACCGCCUCCGGGGACAUGCAGACUUUCCAGAUCCGCACUACCCCGACCACCACCUCCCUCCCUCAGACGGUGGUGAUGACCUCGCCCGUCUCCCUGUCGUCUCAGACCACCAAGACGGACGACCCCCAGUUGAAGAGGGAAAUAAGGCUGAUGAAAAACAGGGAGGCCGCACGAGAGUGCCGGAGAAAGAAGAAGGAGUACGUCAAGUGUCUGGAAAACCGAGUCGCGGUCCUGGAAAACCAAAACAAAACUUUAAUAGAAGAGUUAAAAACUUUGAAAGAUGCCUACUGCAAUAAAAAUGUGUAAAGCAGAGAAUAAGAUAUUUUUGCGGACUUGCCUAAAGAUCAGGUGGAUUUUGUUUUUAUAUGGAGCUUUAUAAAUGAAAGGUCAAAAGUGAAAUUUUUUUUUUACUAGAUUUAAAGACUAAAAGAUUUUAUUUACAAGAUGUUGGCCACACAGUACAAAAGGAAACAAGGAAACCUCAAGACAAACAGGACGUGACUAUUUUCAUACCGGAGUGAGAUUUGCAGUUUGAUUUUUUAAAAAAAUAAUAAUCGCUGUCGGUUAUUAAAGGGUGGCAGAUGAUAUGGAACCCACUGAUGCAAAUUUAUCAUCAUCCUACAGUAUAUACCAGUAAAUAUUUUCAUUUCUGACUGUUUUCUUUGUUGGUUUAUAUUUGUAAAUAUAUGGGUUUCUUUUUCUGCCAAUAAACUUGAAUGGUAAGUGUAGAAAAAAAAACAGAAAAAAGGAUUCUUUGCUAAAUGUAUAAAUUAUGUAUUCUUUGAUCAACUGUCCUGUUUUUAAGACUGUGUUUUUUUGUCUAAAAAAAAAAAAACAAAAAAAGUUUGCCGUGUGGAUCGAAUUUAGGUGAUAUGAGCGGAAGGCACAAGAACUAAGUGUGAAAAGUUUCAAAAGGGAAUUUCAGAUAGUUAAUAAUCAAAAUGAGAAGAGCUGUACAAUAGGUUUUCAAACUUCUUAUUUUAAUCAGUUUUUUUGGGGGGGUUCCCUUGUGUGAGGAUUUUCUGUAAAUCCAUAGUGACUUGCGUGCUGCUGUUUAAAUGCGACUGAAUCUGGAUUCUUAUUCUGUUUCGAACCUUGGGAAGGAUAGAAAGUUUACAAGACUCUGAAAGACCUUGAUGGAGAACUUUUUUUAAAAAAAAACUAGGCUCAAAAUGCCUAUUAGAGCAUUUUUCCAGAAGGGUUUUCUAAUCGGGAUCUGAUGUCAUUUUUAAGAAGAGCAAGGUCAUUCAUUUUUUCAAGAGAGCAGAUAUUUUGUGUGCUAUGAAUGGUCCCUUUGUAGGAAGAGACUGUAUUUUUAUAGCUAAUCCUUAUACAAUUUAAAUGGCAUUUUCAAGCGUAUUUUAUCCGUUUCCACGGUUCUUUUAGUAAACUAUUUUGUGUCUCAGAUGAUCGAUUUUAUAUUUUUACUGGGGAGUAAGGUUUUCUGAGUAGCAAAUCUUUCUGAAUCACGGGCGAAUCUCUGAGCGCAUUUGCAAUCGACUUAAAUUUCCAACCUCUACCUGUGUUUUCUGUACUCUAAGCCGUACGCACUUCUGAAUUUACUGCAAAAAUGCUGUUCCCACUCUGUACUAUUUUGUGUUGCGCCUGCAAAAUUAAAGGGCCUUUUUGACACGA